GAAGGAAACUAGUCGCUCCCGGUCACAGCCCUGCCUCCUGAGUAGUGGAAUGGAAUGCACCCGGAACUCACUUCCUCUUGAAGACGAGUGUUGAAUUAAGAAAGUAGUUGCACCUGUUCCCAUGAAACGUUCAUGUUUGGAGAGAUGGCAACUUGACAAGCACAAGAAUAACAGUAGCGAACGGGACAGCGUGUUGUAAUGUCGUCCCAGGCUGAGAACGUGGCGGAACUUUUAGAAAUAGACAUAUGUGACGGCGACAUCUGCUCGGAGGGGGAGAGCGGAGUGUUCAUCAACUCAGGUACAGGUGCGUCAUUCUUAGACGGCUUCUCGGCGUUUCAGCAGUGGACCGGACCUAGAUCUCGUUCCUCUUCAGGCCACAACAACACAGACUUUGUCUCAAAGAGACCGAGAGAAACAUCAUCCCCGAGUCUGUAUCCCCAGAACGGCCUGGGGUCUGGAGCCGGUGAUCGUGUGACCCUUGGCGACCUCCAGGGUCAGGAUCUCCGAGCCCCCCGCUCCUCCAUAGUGGACUGUCUGUUGGUGGAGCUCUAUGACACCUACAGCAGCGCUCGGCUCAGUGUUGACAGCCCGGAUAGCAGUACCGAGGCGUCCAGCUCUGAGCUGUUCUGCCGCAGUAAUACUGGAUCCAGCUUCCUCCAGGAACUACAGGAGAAACACACCAGGAGACACCAGAUCAUCUACCUGUCUCAGAAAGCACCAGAAGAGUUGAGCUGUAUCAUAGGAGAGGUACGCUACAGGACCGGUCUCCAGUCAGCCAAGCUGCUGCGCCAGCUGAAGAGGAGAGACCGCCUCAGUCACAAACUCCAGAAGAACUAUGACAUCAUCACCGCCUGUCUGCAGGCCGUGUCCCAGAAGAGAAGAGUGGACACCAGGUUAAAGUUCACCAUCGAACCUUCUCUGGGCAAGAACGGCUUCCAACAGUGGUAUGAUGCUCUGAAGGCUGUGGUCAGACUUCCUACAGGCAUCCCUAAAGAGUGGAGGAAGAGGGUAUGGCUGACUCUAGCUGACCAGUACCUCCACAGUAUCUCUAUCGACUGGGACAAAACUCUGCGCUUCGCUUUCAACGAACGCAGUAACCCUGACGAUGACUCACUGGGCAUCCAGAUUGUUAAGGACCUACACAGGACAGGUUGUAGUUCAUACUCCGGCCAGGAGGGGGAGCAGGACCGGGUGGUGCUGAAGAGGGUACUCCUGGCGUACGCUCGCUGGAAUAAGGCUGUAGGAUACUGUCAGGGCUUCAACGUACUGGCAGCGCUAAUACUGGAGGUUACAGAGGGCAACGAGAGCCACGCACUCAAGGUGAUGAUCUACCUGAUAGACAAGGUGCUACCAGAGAGUUAUUUUGCCAACAACCUGCGUUCUCUGUCUGUGGACAUGGCUGUGUUUAGAGAUCUCCUGAGGAUGAAGCUGCCUCAUCUCUCACAGCACCUACACCUCCUGCAGAAGACUGCUGAUAGAGAGGCUGGAGGUGGCCAUCCCCUGACCAACGUGUUCACGAUGCAGUGGUUUCGGACCAUGUUUGACUACUUGCCUGCCCCCAACACCGUGCUAAAGAUCUGGGACUCUGUGUUCUUCGAAGGUUCUGAGGUUUCUGCUGAGGUGGCCUUCUGGCCAUCUGGUCAUCACCUGGGGGAGCAUAUAGAGUACUGUCAGACAGCAGAUGAGUUCUACAGCACCAUGGGAUGGAUCACUCAGGAGAUGUUGGAGAACAGCCUCAUAGACUGUAGCCACCUCAUGCAGACGGUGUACUCCAUGGCUGUGUUUCCAUUCCCUCAGCUGGCUGAACUCCGAGAGAAAUACACCUACAACAUCACCCCCUUCCCCACCUCCAACCCCAACGGCAGUGGUGGUCUAGGUGGCUGGGAGGGUGAUGAAGACGAGGAUGAAGAUGAAGAUGCAGUGGUGACAGCAGCGUUGGGAUGUUUGGGUCCACUGGGGGGGCUGUUAGCUCCAGAACUACAGCGGUACCAGAGACACAUUAAAGACCAGCGUGGGGGGGAGCAGGGCGGUAACAUGGCAGACCUGAGUCCCGGGGCGGUGGAUGGUGGCGGCAGAGCGGAGCAUCAAGCGGCCAUCAACAGCAUGCUGCAGGAGAGGAUGAGUACUGACAUCAGCGCUCUGAAGAAACAAUACUCACGUAUCAAGAGACAUCAGCAACAACAGGCCAGGCAGCUGUACAUACACACAGAUAGAUGUCCAGCCACCAGCGUGUUAGCAUCUCAGCUACAUCCUUCUCCUGUCGUCAACCACCUGUUGCUAGGCAGGAAGCCCAGGAACAGCCUGAAACACCCUCCCUCCAGCCUGCGAGGUGUCCCCCUGCCUCAGGCACAGUCCAGCCCUGCCACCCCUGGCCCCGCCCCUAACCCCACCCCUAGCGGGGAGAGGGGGAGGAACAGACUGGUAUCUCAGGCUGAAGACUGUCAGAGCAGGGUGGGGUCCCCCUGGCGUGCCCACGUACGUGCCCACCGCAGGAACAUAUCCCGGGCACGGGUACAGCUAGGGUAUGGAGACAUGGAGGAUAGACACCCUCAUCAGGCGGAGGAGGACAGACACCCUCAUCAGGCGGAGGAGGACAGACACCCUCAUCAGGCGGAGGAGGACAGACACCCUCAUCAGGCGGAGGAGGACAGACACCCUCAUCAGGCGGAGGAGGACAGACACCCUCAUCAGGCGGAGGAGGACAGACACCCUCAUCAGGCGGAGGAGGACAGACACCCUCAUCAGGCGGAGGAGAGAGAUGGAGUGGGUGAGGGAAAGGCUGAUGAUGAGGGUAGUCACCUCCCUGUGUCUCCUGCCCAGGCCUCCAGUAAGGAGGUGCCAGCUGUGGUGGAAGAGGAGGAGCACCUGUUGUCUCUAGAGCUGGACUCUGGAUCAGAACUAAACCAGACCCCACCUCCACUACCCUCCUCUCCUAGAGAGACUGACCCAGACACACUACCCUCCUCUCCUAGAGAGACUGACCCAGACACACUACCCUCCUCUCCUAGAGAGACUGACCCAGACACACUACCCUGCUCUCCUAGAGAGACUGACCCAGACACACUACCCUCCUCUCCUAGAGAGACUGACCCAGACACACUACCCUCCUCUCCUAGAGAGACUGACCCAGACACACUACCCUCCUCUCCUAGAGGGACUGACCCAGACACACUACCCUCCUCUCCCACCAUCCCAGAGCUGCCUGUCCUGCCUCCUCUUCCUCGACCACCCUCAUCACACCACCACCACCAUCAACAGUCUGACCCUUUAAUCUCCUCUCAGAACAUCUACUGUAUGAGACUCUCUCCUGGUAGCCCUGUUACCCUCACUAACCCCCCUCCCCCUGUUACCCUCACUAACCCCCCUCCCCCUGUUACCCUCACUAACCCCCCACCCCCUGACCAACCCGGGGCCACCCCCCAGCAGGUGUUCUCUCCCUCCCUCCCUCUCUCCUGCCCCUCCACCCCCCAGCAGGUGUUCUCUCCCUUCCCGAGUGUGAAACAGCACAGGAGGUCAGCUGCAGCCCGUAACCUGGGUCUCUACGGUCCCACAGCCAGAACCCCCACAGUUCACUUCCCUCAGCUCAGCCUGAACCGUCCCUCCUCCACUCUCUCCACCAGGAAGCGCUAG